UUUGAAGCUCUUGACAAUCUGCUCCAAAUGUUUUCCAUAUUUGUUCAGCCUCCUUGAUUCAAAUACCAGGAACAACUCAGCCAGCACAAAGCGAAGCUUUGGGGGGCAAAAAAACCUCACACCCCCAUCAGCGCGCGCACACACACGCACGUGAAAACCUAAAGUUCGUCGGCAUGGGAAAGGCGGAGGAGAAGAAACCCCAGCACAGCGUGUCCCUGAAUAACCAGAGCCAGGCAGGGAAGGCACCCGAAGGGGAGAAAAGCACCGACUCGAGCAAGACACAGGAGCCCGCGAUGAAGAAGAAGAAGCAGAAGAAAACCAAGGGGGAUCCCAAAACUGGCCAGGAGGAGGAAUCCCACACUUGUUGUGGCUGCCGUUUCCCACUGCUGUUUGCUUUGUUGCAGCUGGCAUUAGGCAUCUCUGUAACAGUGCUGGGCUUCCUUAUGGCAGGCAUCAGUUCUUCUCUGCUAGUCAGAGACACUCCAUAUUGGGCUGGGAUAAUUGUCUGUGUGGUGUCCUUAGUGGGGUUUGUUAUGCUUUGUAUUUCGUACCAACCUGAUGAGAAGACGUGCGUGCAGUUCACAGUAAAGCUGAUGUAUUUUCUCCUGAGUGCCCUGGGUCUGGUUGCCUGUGUUUUGGCAGUGGCUUUUGCUGCACACCAUUAUUUGCAGAUGACAAAAUUUACCUGCGAUACCAUCCUCGAGUCCUGCCAGUGCAAGCUGGACACCGCAGACCCCCUCGGUAGGACCUUCGUCUACCAGGAUGCAGCCGACUGUGGCAGCCUCACCAGUAUGCUCAACCUGUACUUACUUCUGCAGAUGGUUCUCAAUCUGAUCGCGGCCCUGGUGUGUCUGUCGGCAUGCUUCGUGAUGUGGAAACAUAGAUACCAGGUCUUUUACGUGGGCGUUCGGUUCUACCCUUUAACCGCUACUGAAGGCCAGCAACAGAAAGUAUAGGGUCUGGGCUGGCAGGGGGUUGUAGCCUGGGAAUGGAAAAUGUCAGCACACUGCCACCACAGACACCAUGGGUGGAUGAGUGUUUGUAAGGUUUUUGACAAGGAAAAACAUUCACACAGUUUUCAUGAAUAUCUUUUUCAAUCAUUUUAAGAGCAUUUCAUACGGCUGCUCUUGCAAAAGGUCCCUUGUGAGACUACCUAGAGGUCACAAAGUCCUAAAGAUGCAGCUGUACAAAUACUCACCAAAGAGGAUCUUUAAUAGCCAUAGACAAAAUGAGAGCUUAAAAAAAAUAAUUGGGAACUCAUCUGCAGGGCUACAGCAGUUAAGAAGUAGGGUCCAUUUCCCUUGCUGGUAGAUAUCUGUUCUUGCCUUCAGAGAAGCUAUACCGAUUUCUAACAGAUAAGGAUCUGGUCCAAACUGCUUAAUUAUAAUUAUGCUGAUCAUGUUUAGGGAAUAUAUUGUCUCUCAGAUGCUCUGGGUAUAAUCCACGCUAACGUGAUGGGGAUUUACCACAUGGAAAAGUAAUAAGGGGGGUCAAGACCUCUUCAAAUGCAGGCUGAGACCAACAGCAAAGUGAAUAUAUUGACAACUGCCAUAAAAAAUAUACAUAAGACUUUUCUGAGUAACUAAUGACAUAGUCCCAUUGCGAAUAAACAACAACAUGAGAGGGUUGACAAAUGGUGAUUCGGUGGGCCCUGCCUGAGACCCCAGACAGAUUUCUGAAGUAUGAGCGUUCGCCACAUUGUGAGAAAAGAUCAAUUUAAGAAACCUCGAGUUGUGUUCCUAAAGUGGAAGACCCUAAAUCACUAGUCACAUUGAAAACUAUGUUGACAUUGCUGUAAUUUCAGGCUCCCAAGCCCGGCGUCUAGCCAGUUCCACCAAUUAUACUCCAAGCACAAAAGGCCAAAUGCAUUUUUGGUGUAACUCCUCUGAAGACAAUCAGCCUUACACACCAGCAGUGGAGUUGGGCCAACAGCCCUGAAAGAUAUAUCCCUGCAACAAUGAAUGUUUUUAAAAUGGGGUGGAGGGAGGGAAGCAAGAAGAGACUGCCAGUCUCCUGAAGACAUCGUUUAUAAUAAUGAGGGCAAGAGAAUAACGAUUUCUUAAUAAGCAGCAUAGAAUAACAAACCACAUUCAAACAGCGCUUUUUCACCCUGAAAAUGUGGCUCUAGAAGUGCUUUAUAUCUUAUUAGCCUUAUACCAAGCCUUGUAUCGAGCCAAGUUUGUCACUUUGUCCCUUGAACUGUCAUUUCCACUUGCACCGCGUGGACUUCUAAAUGUAGGAGCAAGUCUGAGUCGGCAGCAUUUUGCACUGCCUGCAGAUAGCUGUGCAAGGGCAAGGCAGCUGGUGCUCACACCCUGCCAUGACUAGGGAUUUCCCGAUCCCUGCCAGAGCAAGGGUGUUUCUGAGGUGGGGUGGAGCAAUCACAUGCCAGAAAAAACUGUGUCACAGUCGUUAGCAAGGAGGAAGCAAAUAAAACUUCUAUAAGGUUUCAAAGGAGCAAAAACUUUAUUUUUCUGCAGCAAAAAUAUCCACCAGGGAGUCAAAAACCCAGUCUGUCAAAAAACUAGUUGUCUAAGUAGCUCCAAUCCUACACAAAAACUGUCUCCCAUAUGGUGAUCACACGCCAUCCCAGGGCUAGACCAGCAUACCUCCAGGGUCAGAAGACCACAGCGUAGCUAAGUCUUCUGCGGUCCACCUAGAGCACCGCUUGGUGUACAUGCUCAAGUUUUUGUCAUGGAAAGUGCUUCUAGAGUAGACGUAGUGUCACCAAGGUCCUCUCUGCCAAGCUGCAAAGCGAGGAGCUUCAGAAAAUGAAGGUUUUUGAGACCAGCUUCCAAAUGGCCUUUUUUAUGCACCUAAAAAUAACAGUCACUAGUAUGUGUGGCUGCAGGGCACAUUUGCAAGAGUGUCUGUUCACUUGCCUACGUGUUGCCACCCACCCGAAGUCCUAAGCCUGGCUCCCAGGCGUGCUCAGGGCAAGCUGAGACAGCAGCGGAGUGCGCCGGCAGACUGGCGAUGUAAGACCUGGCCGCCGGCAUUGGCAGGGCUGUCCGUGUGGUGGCAGGAACCAGCCCGUCUCCCCUGACUCUGGCAGAGCACGCUGCAAGCAGCGCUCAUGGACCUGUGCCCGGGCCAGCCUCCUGUACAAGACGGAUACGUAGGGUUGCCUCUCACCUGAUGCUGACAGACGUUGGUUUGCCCUCCAUCCCUCGCACGACUCCAGCUGUGCUCGCUGACGAAGCGUAGGGCGGAGGAUAUACCUUCCUCCCACCUGCGCAACCCUUGCUGCACCCACUCCUCCCUCCGGCCAAAAAUGCGGGCUCUCCUCUCCGCAAAGAAGAUAACAAGAAGCGAGAGAGGGACUAGAGGAGGUUGAACGACAGCUGAGCUUUGGGGCUUCCUCCCACCCUUGCCGCCAGGCACUGCGCCCCAAAGGUUGGCGAAGCAAGAGGCAGGCUGUGCGGGCAGAGCAGGGCACCCUUCCCACCCUGCCCUUUCCCACCUGUCCUUGCUGUUCAGAAGAUAGCUUGGUCUGCAGCGCUUUAGCUCAGGCUGCACUGUGUGCGGGCUGGUGGCAGUGAGCGGGUGCAGGAGAGGGCUGGCUCGCCCCGGCCAAGCAGCGUUUCCACCAGAGCCAGGCUUUUGUCUCCUUAAUCCUUUGACCUCUGGCUCACCCACAUGUUUUCACUGCCUGUCUCCCGUCACCUCCCAGGCACUGGGGCUCCCGGAGGCCACCCCUGUUAGAUGGGGCUGGGCUUGCGUCACCUGGCCUCUACGUACUCAUCCCCGGGCUUAAAAUUGCUGGGAUUCCUCUAGAGGACGAAAGACGCGGCGGUGAUGAUCACAGGGUUGCUGCAAAUGCCUUCAGCACGGCGACGGGGACAAGAAGGGAGAUCUGGAUAAGAGAGCCUGCUCCUCUCAGCAAGCCGUGCACCUCCAUAACAGCACACCCUCCACUUCGAGCCGCCGAGUUUGGUUCACUAAUCAGCACGUUGCAGCUUAACCUUUUGCUCUGGAAGAAAGCAAUAUUCAUCAUCUAUUCUGUUGGUGUUUUAAUGCUUAAUGAAUAAAUACAGGGCAUUUUGAUCUAA